AUGUCGGGUGCGACAGUCAUUAUGUUCUUGCUGAAGUGGAAUUACAGAGACUUCAGAGGAAGCAGAGACAACAUUUUCUAUCCUCCAUGGAAGAAGUUCGAUGUAAAGGCUGAUAUCUGCUUGCUUGAAAAUCAACUCCCGUUCUUCAUCCUCGAGGAGUUGUAUAGACUAUCCAGUAUAUUCGUCAAUUCCCGGAAAUAUACUGUGAUUGAGCUUACUCAUAGGUUCUUUACAGUUGAAUGGGAUUCGUGGGCAGUAGGGGACAUUUUGGAGAAAAUAGAUUUCUCCGAAGCCAAACAUUUGGUUGACCUUCUUAGAAUUUAUCAUCAGCCAACUAAACAGAAACCGAGUGAGAAACUCCAAGUUCUAGCCGCACCCAGUGUAAAGGAGCUCCACCAGGCUGGGGUCAAGUUUGUGUUGAGUUCAAGCAAAAAACUUCUUGAAGUAAAAUUCGACGGAAAUAAAGGGAGAUUAGAAAUUUCACGAUUAAAGUUAGUUGACGGUACAGAAAUCAUAAUCAGGAAUAUGCAAGCCUUUGAGCAAUGCCAUGACCUGAAAUAUGAUUAUGUUGGUGACUACAUCUUCUUGAUGGGUCUCUUUGUCAGUGCCUGUAAGGAUGUGGAAAUACUUGUUGAAAAUCGCAUUAUAGAAAACUGGCUAUCAUCUAAUGAGGAAGUGGUACAACUAUUUUACAAUCUCAACAAGGAAAAUUUAGUGUCGCGAGAUGAUUUUCACUUUACAGGUCUCAUUAAUGAUUUGAAUGCAUUCUGCGAAAGGCCAUGGAACAAGUGGAAGGCAAAUUUAAAGCAAAGCUAUUUCAAUACCCCAUGGGCAGCCAUCUCUGUUUCAGGAGCUGUUACUCUUCUGAUUCUGACUGUCAUACAAUCCGUCUGCUCUAUACUUCAAGUAGUUUAG